AUGUCAGGACGUGGAAAAGGUGGAAAGAGCAAAGUUAAAGCUAAGACUCGUUCAAGUCGUGCAGGGCUCCAAUUUCCAGUAGGAAGAAUCCAUAGACUAUUACGUAAAGGAAAUUAUGCUGAACGUGUUGGGGCAGGAGCUCCAGUGUAUCUUGGAGCUGUAUUGGAAUAUCUAGCAGCCGAAGUAUUAGAGUUAGCAGGCAAUGCAGCUAGAGACAACAAAAAAACCAGAAUUGUACCUAGGCAUCUUCAGCUAGCCAUAAGAAAUGACGAGGAGUUGAAUAAACUUUUAUCUGGUGUUACAAUAUCCCAGGGUGGUGUGUUGCCAAAUAUACAAGCUGUUCUACUACCCAAGAAGUCUGGAAGUGCAAGUGUAGCUACAGGAGGAAAGUCAACAAAGAGCCAAUCUCAGGAUUAUUGA